GCUGAGGGGGACCUCUGGAACAUCAUACUGUCUUUGCCUCGGUGCGUUGAUGACUGACUGCUGAUGACUCAGAAAUACAUCAACAGUCCGCCUGUGAGACCCUCCCCUGUAGUUGCCUCUGCCGCUACCCUGCCUCUGCCACGGGAGAGCAGCUGCAGCACCGAUGGAGAAGAAGCAAGGAUCUGCUCAUCAGUAUGGUUCCCUGGAGCACACCGCAUGGAGCAGAGAUGCCACAAAAACAGGGGACGACGUGGUGUCCAUGGCGGACUCCACCGUCACCGCAGAUGACAUCGAGGGGGAGCUCUUCAAGAUUGAGAGGAUCAGGGACAUCCUGGUCAGGAGGGAGUCAGAGCUCCGAUACAUGAUGGAUGACAUUCAGCUGUGUAAAGAGAUUACUCGUCUGAAGAAGGAGCUUCACAAAUUGGUGUCUAUACCAGAUAAGGACAAGUCCGCUGAAGACCGACAGAAGGAGGAUGAACUGUUGCAGCAGAUUCACAAACUGGUGGAGACCAGAGACUUCUUAGUGGAUGAUGUUGAGUUUGAACGUCUCAGGGAAAAAGAAGAAGAUAAAGAAAUGGCGGAGUUCCUGAAGUCCAGACUGCCACGAAAUAUGAAGAAAUCAGGUGCAUCAUCCAGGAGAGUAGCAGCCAGGGCGCAGCAGACUUCUUCCCCUUUCACCAAGACAGGGCUCACCCUCCUGAAGGAGUGCUGUGGCUUCACGUGCUCCAUCAUGUAGACAGGAGCCCAAAUCAAAGACUCACAGACCCAGCUGACCGUUCCAGGAGGAGACGUGCAACCAAGUUCACCUGUUAAGUCUUAGAAAGAGAUGCGAAAGAGACACAGAAGGAGCUGGGCACAUCAGUGGAAAAUGAUUUGGUGUGAAUCAGAACAUUCAUUUUUUUGCCCCCUGCUCUAUGUCCCUGCUUCUCAUCCCUGCCAAACCUAAAUAGUUUCUCUUAUAACACCACUAAGCGCUAAAGGCACAGAGCGGCCAAGCAUGAGUCAUGGCAGCACAUUUCUGAGUGUGGACACUAAUUGGACUGAGCUAUCAUGACUUACCCACAAGUUGUAGAUUUAAAGAGUUCAUGUAUCUUUUCAAAAGGUUUCCGUUUUGUAGCGAGCAGGCUAGUCCAGAACUUUGCAGACACUGCAAGAACUUUAUAAUUAGCGGUAGGACGAAAAUACUAAUGAAACCAAUUGGGCGGUCUGGCAUGUGCGAUUUUGGCUCCAGACAAAAGUGGGUUUGACCUUUAAAAAAGUGGUGGCAUAUAAAAGAGGAACCAAUGUGAUUAUUCUCCACUUUGUCCUUUAACAGCUCAGUUGACUCAGAAAUUCCACCAUCUGUAAUUUGUUUAUUAGUGUCUGUGUUAAUGUAUUCAAAGCUGAAAGGCGAUAUUUAAAUCCACUGGACCGGAAGACGAAUACUUUUUUUCUCACUCCUUGACAGUCUUUUCUUGUUUUAGGUCUUUUAGAUUACCAAUACAAUUUAUUUUCACUGAAUGCCAGAAGGAUGGUAGAGAUAAUUUGUUAGAGAUGUAUUACUUUCUAUAUAUAUAUAUAUAUAU